AUGCAGGCGAUCUUAGGAACCUGGCUAUUAACAUUUGAUGCUAAGUGUCCAAGCCUUGUAUUUGAAAAGUAGGCUGUACAAGUCAUGGAGAAUUUCACUGCUAUUCUUGAAAGUAUAGGUUCCCAAAACGAAGCAGCUGCUGUGAAAACACUUCAACAAUUUUGUUCUACAAACGAAAAGACUUUCAGCUUCUUCCAUGUGGACUUAAGUCUUAGAAAGAAAUUGAUUGAUGCGAUCCUCGAUGAUUUGUCCACGAAAGACCGUGGGGUUACCUUCAAAAUACACGGUCUCCGUGCUUUGAGGAUUCUAAGCCGUGAUAAAGACGGUCUGGGAUCGCUUACUUCUGAUAAGUCGUCAUUAGUUCUACUUUCACUGGCAGAACUUAUGAUAGAAGUGUCCAAAGCCGCGCAAAGUCUUCCUAAAAAAGAACCAGAACAGCGAACAAGAUAUGAAGACCAGCAGGAAAAUAGAGAGAACACUUGUGAGAGAGUUAUCGCAUACAGCGAUGUAGUUAUUGAAGCGCUCAAAUGUUUAUGUAAUGUAGUAUAUCACAGCCAAGCAGCUCGUCGACUCUGUUUGAAAUACAAAUGCAUCGAAGCAAUCAUUGCAAGGAUAAAAAUAUGGUUUGAGAUCAGCCGCUUGGCUACCGAUGUGAAAUACUUUGAUCUCAGAUUUCUUUUCCUUCUUACUGCUCUUGAAAACGCUGCUCGAGUGGACGUUAUUUCUAACAAUGGCUUUUGUGUCUUGACUCAUGCUUUGGAUAGCUGUAUUCCAGGGAAAGAUCAGAGAAAAGUCUGUCAUGAAACCAAAGUUAGAGAAGGUUGUGGACAGUUGACGGGAGCAAGGCUCCAGGCGCUGACUGUUGUGGAAAGGUAAAUAUCGAUGCUUUUAGCGAAAGCUAAACUUUAAUUUACUUCAGAUUGUACAAAUGAGCAGUUGUUGCAAUUUAAGAUGAAUUCCAGGUCAACUUAUUUUCAAAUAGUUUUAUGUGUGUAUUCCUUAAUUCAUGAUAAAUUACCAUACUCCUGUGGAAAGGACAAUUCAAAUCCAACCAGUUUGGGUUGUUUUAAUCUGAAGUCAUUUCAAACCACGGUAUAGAUUUAUAGAAAUAUUAAGUUUACUUUUAUUCUAUUAUGUAUAUGUUGUAGGUAAUUGAUGGGUUAUAUUGCCAGGGCCUGUUGAUGUGUCAUCAACAUGUAGGUGCAAUUCAAGCAAACUAAAACUUAUCCAAUCUGUGGAUUGUCAGUGCACCAAUUUUUUCAAUGAUAUGCUGAACUUUACUUAAGGAUAGUGAACUUAAAACACUGCUUAAUUAGAUCAAUUUCCUUCACUAACUCUUGUUAGACUUAACUCUAGUACAGUACAACGUAGAAUGAAAUGUAAGGUGAUUCCUCGUUAAUGGACUGUGAACCCUGUUCUUUGCCACAUUGAGGUUACUGUCAGUGUAUAUACUUUUAAAAAUCUUCUUCACUUAACUUUUCAAGACUAAUUGCUGGGGACAAUUUUGUGAUUCAAUUCUCUGGUUAAACCCAUAUGAUGUAGCAAUCAGAUUUUCAUAUCCUCAUGAGCAAGAAAUACAGAGAACUCGAAAUCUUUGCUGUCAGUUUUAAAAUUGGUAAUAAAAUAAUUUCAAGUGCAAUUUGGUGUAAACAAGCACAAGUGAAUUUUUCAAAGACAAGGGAAAGUGCCAUUUGUAGUCAUUGAAAAAUUUGCUGGUGCUUUAUAUUUACACCAAAUUACCCAAGAAAAGUUAUAUUACGUGGAUGAAAGUGAUCCUUGCCUCGCCUCCUAGUUUUUUUUCCAUUGAGCCACUAUAUUUAUCAUGAAGUCAUCUUGAGGAGAGUGAAAAUAAUUAUUUCUGUCAUAACCAGAUAUAAAGAGUGUAAAUUUCCUUGCAAAUCUUGUCUUAAAUUAACAAAUGUAUUUUGUGGUAUGUAAAAUUAUAUGAUUAUUAUUUGUAACCCUCUUACAGGUCCAGGAUUGAGGAAAGUCCAGUAACUUACACCAUGUCACAGGAUGAGAUUCGUAUGUCUGCUGAAAUCCUGAAAACAAUGUUUAACAUCACAAUAAAUCUACCUGAUGCUGAUAGCACUGACACACUUGAACACUGCGAAAGGAUAGUGUUUAUUGUACGAACCAUGUUUGCACACAUCAAUCCAUUGUCUGAACAGCCAGAGAACCUACCAAAUCAUGCAAUUAACAUCCUAUCCAACAUGCCAACUAAUUGUCUCCAACACUUAAUGUGGACAAUGCCAUCCAGUGUUUGUAAAGCACUUGCUCAAGAUUUUGAGACAAGAUGGUCAUCGAAGACGUUUAGGAUAUAUUUUGAGGUUUGAGCAUAUUAAUCAAUAGACUGAGGAAACUGGUUGGAAAAUCUUGCAGACAUCAAAAAUGAUAUUAGUGGUGGUGCAAUGAUUGGUUGGUAACUCUCAGACUGUGCACAAUAUUUUGCCUUCAUGUCCAUGUGUAGGGAAUGAAUAAAACAACGGAUAGUUUCUAUUGGUCAAUUGAUAUGACAUCAGUGGAAUCCCACUGAAAUUUUGUCCAAUUGGGUCCAAAAAGAUAAAUGUCACAAUAACCUACCAAAAAGAAACCUGUUGGGCUUUCUAACCAGUUACCUCUACAAAAUAUGUUACAAGAAUUAGAAAGAGGUAGUACUACUACUUUUACAUAUAAAAGUCAUGAUUGACUUCUAGAAUUAAAAAAUUGCCUCAAUAGAUAAGUUUAGUUCAUGUGUAAGGUAGAGUAAAAUGUAAGGUUUUAGGAACAAAACAGUUAUGCAUAGGGCUUUUAUUUUUGAUGGUUUUACAUAACUUGUAGUUAUUCUAAUCUUCAUGAAUACCAAAGUGAAAGUGCAAUUCACUGUUAAACAUUCUGUAUUUUGUGGAAUCUCCAACAGAUACAGUUAUAAGAGUGAUAAAUGAAAGUUGAAAAUUUGUUUGCUAUUUUGAGGGUUUGUUUCACUCUUUAUUAUGAACUUGAGUAUUAAUAAGGUAAAUGUGCCAUUCGUUAUGGCAGUUUCUUGAAGGUGAUGUGCUAGAUUAAAUCAAGUUCCACAGAGCAGGGCCAACACAGUCAAUGAUAAGACACUAAACCUUUCUGGUCUGUCUGAUUCUGAAUCCUUCACUCUCUUGUUAAAUUACUAACAAAUAAUAUAAGAAAAACAGUUAUGUUUGCCUAGAACUGCAAUUUUUAAUGUAUUAUGCAUACUUGUAAGUUAUUGAAUGAAGACACUGAAACCCUUUUGGCAAGAACAUUUUAAUUAAUAUAUUUUAAUUUAACAAUAAUAAUUUACUUUAAAAGCAAAUUCUACAACAACUGCUGCCAAAGCAGAAUCUAUUUGAAUGUUAGAGGGGAUUGUGAUGAUUCUCCACAAAGUUUGUUAUUACCUUAUUGCUACUUUACAAACAAAACAUACAUGCCUGUUUUUUUGUCUCUUAGAAAUACAAUAUGCUGACAGUUCAGACUAUGUUGACAAUCCUGGAUGGUCGUCUUAAAGUUGCCAGUCAGCCACCACAGGAAGAAAUCGUCCCAAUUCUUAGUGCCUUUUGUCAAAUGGCACGUGGAAACAGAGUGAUAAGGAAGUAUCUACGACAAGAAGUGCUGCCACCCUUGGGAAGGGUGGGUACCACUCGCCCAGAAGAAGGAAACUUAAUAAGGAAUGGCCUGGUCAGGCUUAUGACAUCGCCAGUUGGAGAUAUUAAGGUGGGUUUGUGGAGAUUAAUGCCAUUUGUAUUGACUGUUGCAAUGUUUCACACAGAGUUCGGGAGACAGAAGGACAAAUACGCACACCUUGAGUCAAAUGAACAUUGUCUUUAUUUAAGUAUGAUGAUAUGCAGAACACCAUUUCAAGAAUCAGUGCAGUGGAAAAGUCUAAACUUCUAAACCAUAAUUUUCUGAGGUGUUGCACCACUAAGUUUUUUUUUAUCAACAAAGUUUUUGCCAAAACUGUAGUUGUCCUAGAAUUUUUCACAGUUCACUAAUAUUUUCUAAAAUUAGCAAAAUAGCAGGUAAUAAGAAAUUACUGGAAGGUCACAAGUGUUUCCCUUUUCGAUACAACAAUAUAGCCCUGUAAAGAAAGUUUGCCAAGGAUAGUUAGGUGCUAAAAUUGGAAUUUUUUUUUCAUCAGGAGCUGGUGGCAGAUUUUCUAUUUGUUCUCUGUAAGGAGAAUGUUAAUCGGCUCAUUAAAUACACUGGUUAUGGCAAUGCAGCAGGGCUGCUGGCUUCACGUGGACUUAUGGGUGGUGUUCAGCCACAGAGUAUUGGAGAUUACUCUUCAGAUGAUGAUGAUUCUGAGACUGAAGAAUAUUCCAUGGAUAAGGCACAGAUUGAUCCUAUGAUUGGUGAGUUUCUUUAUGAAGGGUAAGGUUUCAAGAGGAGUAAAUAAUAAAUUAUUUGGUCCAGUUGUGUCAUCAUAAAAUGAAAUAGAGAGAGAAAGAGAAACACCUAAAAGGUUAUGGAAAAGGACACAUGGGAUGCUUCAAAAAAGCCUGUUUUAGAUGCUGGUUGAUCAGCAUUAUAUGAUGCUUCAAAAGGACAAAAAGAGAGAAUAUAAUUUUUUAGGUAUUUUGUUGGAAACGCAUUGAGGUACAGUCUUGUACAGUCUAGCAGUGAGUAGUUUUUUUCACUUCCAAAGUGCAAAAGACUUAAAAGUACUACUCAGUUAUCACACUGUGUGUAGAAUCUUUUUACAAUGUAACAGUUAAUUGGUCUGUUUGUUAGAGGGAUACCCAGAUUGCCAGACAAAGAUUGUCAAUUCAAGUCAGCAAUGUCUUAGCCACUCUAAUUACUAUUUUAUCAUUUUCAAUUCUUUAGAACAUUUCACAGUGUGAAGGUGUUGGAUUGGUAGAAUUUUUUGUAAUGAAAUUGAGUACAAGCUGAUAUGGGGUUUCCAAGAAUAUUGAUCCUUUCUUCAUGAUCCCAAAAAUGAACUUUCAGUUCAUGUACACUGUAUGUGACUUGCUUAAAAGCAAAACGUUAUGGGUGAAACGUUGGCUGUGAUUGGAGUUUGAAGGCCUUAACUAGGACUUGUUUGUUAAAUUGUUAAUUUAAUUGGCUGGAGAAAUUUCAUGUUUGGUAGGGAAAAGUGAGACAAUUCCAAACCUAAUGACUGUGGCAACCGUGGGACAGCAAAUUGCAUUUGGUGUAAGAUAUUUUCACUGGGCAUUCGGUGAUAUUUAGAUUGUUUUGUUGUUAGGUGCUAUUCCAAAAGAUGAUGGGAAGUCUAAUCCGCUGGAUGAAAUGACUGAGCAAGAGAAGGAGGAAGAAGCUGAGAAAUUGGCUGGUCUGAUACAAGACCUCAAUAGGAAGGGUUUGAUCAGGACAGCUCAGGUGGGACCUGAUGGCAGGCCUCAAGAAUUUCAAGGGGCACAAGCUCUGGGUGAAGAGGCCGCAGAACAAGAGGAUGAAUUCACUGGAGAUUCUGAGUCAAUCAGUAACGGAAACGUAGACGAAAGAAAGUUAUCAUAGAAUGAGGGGAACUCUGGCAUUCGUCGACAAUAAUUAAUAGUAGAUUAUUCUUAGAGGAUUGUAAGAUCUUCAUAAUAGUUUUAAUUUGUGAUACAAAGUGUAAAAUAUGUUCUGAUUGCUACUAUAAAAUUAGUGUUCUUUCAUGUUGAUAGCAAUUAGGUCAAACCAGGAAGUCUUUCGUGUUAAGUUUUUUUUUUUUUUUUCUCUCUUUUGUUCUUCACAUAUGAAAGCCUUUUAUUCAGAAAUAUAAACUCCAUUCUCUGAAGUGACAUUUUUCUUUUUCGGCCAUCAGUCCAAACCCUGCUGGAAAAUAUUUGGUCGGUACUGUUUUGUUUUGUCAGAAAGACAGUUUAACUUGACGACAUGAUGAGGUUAAAUUAUUUCUUUUGAUGCAUUAUUACCGGCUCCGCAGCCGGAUGGAAUAUUAAUUAUCGCAAGUCCAAACAAUAACGUAACGACAGGGAGGGAGGGGAGACCCAUCGUCAUAACUAAGACAAGUGCGCUGCACAUGUAAUGAUAUCCUUUAUCAAGCAGGAUAAGCUUGUUACAGACAACCACGCUGACGCUGCAUGUAUGUUAGGGACCAGUGCAAACUUAAGAAAGACGUUUAACCCUUUAACUCCCAGAAGUUGCUAACAAGUAACUUAUCCCCGCAAUAUCCAUCUCUGCACUAUCUAGCAAACAGGUAAUGAAAAUGUUCUAAUGUAUUAGGUAGAAUUCUCGCAACUCAUUUACAAGGAAAUGUGUAGCAGCUAGAGGGGAGAAUUAACAAUCAGAUCUUGGGAGUGAAAGGGUUAACUCGUCUGGACAGGAGUAGUCCUGUAAGGACUGUUGUUGGUUACGUAAUCACGAGAAUCACGCGUUACUUGCUGGACUUAAUAACCCAGCUUGAAACAGUCACUGUCACUGAUAACAGUUCUGCUUUAGAAGUAUUCUCACCCAGACAAUCAGAUCACAUGAUCCACAGCUAUUCCUUAUUAUUUAUUGCAUUUGUUUUACUUGAAAAGUAGACUAGGUUUGGAAAAGUGCCGGGGUCUGCCCGCCAUCUUUUACUUGAUACCUCACAAGCGCGCUUGUGUUAGGCGAUGUUAUCUUGAAAGAAAUAAAACUUCCUCUGAGCUAUCUAGUUUUACAUUAGUUCAAAACGUUAACCUGAAU